UGUUCUUUAAAAAUGGACCAAGUGGAGCCCAAUGAUGCCGGACAAUUUUUCUUCAGAUUCACAACAAACUCCACAGACGGCAAAUGGACCGGCAAACACGGUCCAACAUUGAAGGUUGUUGAUUCGAAGAUUAUCGUGAAACAGCCCGAAGGAAUCAGAGCAACAAAGGAAGGCGACUCAGUGAAUCUAACCUGCAUGAACGCCUUUGAUGACCGUAGACCUUCCUGUGCUUUCACCUGGUUUAAGAAUGGAGAACCCAUAAACCAAGGACCUGUACUUUAUUUGAGCAACUUGUCCUCUAAAAACUCUGGAAACUACGCUUGCUCUCUGAAAGGACACCCACAAAAGACCUCCGGAGUCGUAAAUAUCAAUGUUGAACAUGGCCCCAAGAACACAUCAGUGUCUGUAAGAGCAUCCAUGGAGGGAGACUUCAGCCGCAACGUCACCCUGAUCUGCAGCAGCCACGCAAACCCUCCAGUGGAGGAUUACACUUGGUUUAAAGUAGAUGAUGAAGACGAUGACAUCAUGGAUGUUGGACCCCGGCCCGAGUUCCUCCCCGCUGAUGGUGGCCAGUAUUUCUGCGGUGCCACCAACAAACACGGAAGCCAAAACUCCUCCGUUGUGACAGUAAAGAUUGGAACAUAUUGGGCAACAUUCACCAGAGAUGUGAUCAUCUUUGCUGCUGUUGCUGUGCUUCUGACAGUGAUCACUGUGGUGGCCCUUAGCAGCCUCUACAAAAAAAGGAUUUGGAUACCGAAGCCGGACAGCGAGGACGACAUACAGAAUACAGACUACGUCAACUGGCUCCCACAUGCCAACCACCACCCACAGGAGGGACCUCCGUGUGAGGGAGGAACAGAGGACGUUACCUAUUCAACCGUCUACUUCAAAAAGAAAACAAAGUCAAACAUGGAGCUGCCGAUGGACUCCCGUUCCCGAGAUGAUGAAGGUGUGAUUUACAUCUGUGUCUCAGAGAACAGCCGCUGAGUUCUUUGUAGAAAGUCGAAAGCAAACACAUGGCACUUCGCAUCAACAAGUGUGGUAUUUUAAAGGUACUUAAAAAAUAUGUAAGAAACAAAGAAACGUAACAUCUAACAAUGCCAUAGUUAUACCUUUAACUCAAAAGAAAAGACACUAAAAAGUGACCCAUUUGAUCCAAAAGAGACGUUUCCAUGAAGAUUGAAAUGAACAGAACGAAAUAUCAAAUAAAAAAAGU